AUGCAGGGCCGCGUGGCAGGGAGCUGCGCUCCUCUGGGCCUGCUCCUGGUCUGUCUUCAUCUCCCAGGCCUCUUUGCCCGGAGCAUCGGUGUUGUGGAGGAGAAAGUUUCCCAAAACUUGGGGACCAACUUGCCUCAGCUCGGACAACCUUCCUCCACUGGCCCCUCUAACUCUGAACAUCCUCAGCCCGCUCUGGACCCUAGGUCUAAUGACUUGGCAAGGGUUCCUCUGAAGCUCAGCGCGCCUCCAUCAGAUGGCUUCCCACCUGCAGGAGGUUCUGCAGUGCAGAGGUGGCCUCCAUCGUGGGGGCUGCCUGCCAUGGAUUCCUGGCCCCCUGAGGAUCCUUGGCAGAUGAUGGCUGCUGCGGCUGAGGACCGCCUGGGGGAAGCGCUGCCUGAAGAACUCUCUUACCUCUCCAGUGCUGUGGCCCUCGCUCCGGGCAGUGGCCCUUUGCCUGGGGAGUCUUCUCCCGAUGCCACAGGCCUCUCACCCGAGGCUUCACUCCUCCACCAGGACUCGGAGUCCAGACGACUGCCCCGUUCUAAUUCACUAGGAGCUGGGGGAAAAAUCCUUUCCCAACGCCCUCCCUGGUCUCUCAUCCACAGGGUUCUGCCUGAUCACCCUUGGGGUACCCUGAAUCCCAGUGUGUCCUGGGGAGGUGGAGGCCCUGGGACUGGUUGGGGAACGAGGCCCAUGCCACACCCUGAGGGAAUCUGGGGUAUCAAUAAUCAACCCCCAGGUACCAGCUGGGGAAAUAUUAAUCGCUAUCCAGGAGGCAGCUGGGGAAAUAUUAAUCGGUAUCCAGGAGACAGCUGGGGGAAUAAUAAUCGGUAUCCAGGAGGCAGCUGGGGAAAUAUUAAUCGGUAUCCAGGAGGCAGCUGGGGGAAUAUUAAUCGGUAUCCAGGAGGCAGCUGGGGGAAUAUUCAUCUAUACCCAGGUAUCAAUAACCCAUUUCCUCCCGGAGUUCUCCGCCCUCCUGGCUCUUCUUGGAACAUCCCAGCUGGCUUCCCUAAUCCUCCAAGCCCUAGGUUGCAGUGGGGCUAG